AUGUCUGAACGAGAAUCAGAGCAUCACAAUCCGACACACACUCUCAUGUUUCCAGACCUCUCUGGGGUGGUUCCUACAUCUGUGGAGGCAAGGGCAAAGCAUCGCAUCACUGUGUUGGAAGAGGAACUGCAAAUGAUGCAGCAAGAAAAAGGAACCAAGCAAAGAAAGACAACUUACUAUGUUUCUCAAGGCAGGGCGAUUCACUGCAUGGUUGUUCUAUAUACUAGCCUGGAAGAUUUGAUUGCCAAAAAUGAUCGCAGAUACAAGGAGCAACUGGAGGAGAACACCACAGAACAAGAUCGCUUGCAACGUGGUUAUAUCACACUUGCGCAGGUUGUGCCUUGGCUACACCCCAAGCUUUCGGAACUUGACAUCGAUGACUGCGAAGAUAUGCUGAAAAAGCUGCUCUGCCCUUCCGAAUGGGACUGGAGUGAUCCCCAAGUGAAAGCCGGUAUUUGCAACCAAACAUCUGAGUAUAUCGUAUCAGAAAAUUCCUGGCCACUCUUCCUGUAUGAGAAUUAUACAGUGGACAGCAACAACCUCGAGGAAGGUCUUUUCAAGUCUAAGAUUCUGGUGCAGGCUUUCAAAGCUACAUUUACAUCUCCGUCUUCGGCCAAAGAAGCUGAUGGCGAUGGCGACAGAGCCAACAUCUUGGAGAAUAACAGGCGUGCUAGGCGUGCAUUGAACCAAGCCAAGGUUAAGACAUGCAUGGCCUCCAUCAUCAAUAUGAGGAAGGUCACUGCUCGUUCUAUCGCAUAUGUUGUUUGCCAGGUUUGUUUCGCUCUAUCGGGUGUCACAUCUUGGCGCACCAUAGAUGGUGACUUUGAUUAUGAAAUGUUCUGGAACAACAUUGUGGAUUUUUUCGAGGACGUCCCUGGCCCUGUUGCACAAUGUAGGGUGACCCAACUUCUCAAGUGGUGGACCAGGAAGAUUUUUGGAAGAAACCAUCAUGAGGACCUAACACCAGACGUCAUGUCCAAGAUGUCUGUCACUGCAUUAGCCGAGCAGAGAAAGGCAAUAGAGGAUGCCGUGUUUGACUCAGACUAA